AUAAUACAAAGUUAGAUGCUUAUGUAUGUGCUUGUGAUGAGGCCUUACUAAGCUGUGAUGGAUAUCGAAAACUUGCUGCUGUAGAACCACGAUUAAUACGUGAAUAUCAAAUUGCACAGAGACGAAUUGAAAUUACUAAAUUGAUAAAUAAUCAAAUAUACAAUCUUGAUGAAAUUGUAGUAGAUGAAGAAGAAAUUGGAAAUGGAGUUUAUCGAUCAGUUCGAUCUCUUCUUCAAAUACUUGUACCUAUUUGGACUAAAUCA